CCCCUGCACGGAGGAGAGUGUCAAGAAUGCACCUUCGAGUUUGUCUUGGGAGAGAGCGAGGCGGCUGUCCCACGCUGGCACCGAGGCCACUGACCCUGUAGGACCCAUUGUUAGCGGAUAAUGGAAAUUAGUAUCUUCAUAUACGUAACUGUUUCUUACACAAGGAGUACCUGGAGAAUAUCUAACCUUGGCCAAGCCUGAGUGAACUACAGAAUACAGGUGUGGGAGCUGCUGGCUGACUCGGAUCCUGGCGUCACGCACUGCAGACGUCCGAGUGAGGCACAAUGUCAACAGCGGGAGUUGCUGCCCAGGAGAUUCGGGGCCCGCUGAAGACUGCGCUUCUGCAUAAUGGCCCGGCCAUGGGGAGCGUGAGGACCUGCUGGGGCCGCCGGAGAGAGCUUGAGAAUAACUUCUUAAAUAUCGACCCAAUAACGAUGGCCUACAGACUGAACUCGCCUGCUCAGGGGCACCUGACAGCUCUCGGGCACACUUCGAAAUCUCCGGUGAAUGGCCACUACUUUGCAGAAAACGGUCCCUCUGCAAGACCCAGCCUGCCCCCUCUCAUUAUUCCCCCAAGUGAAGGCGUGGGGCAGCGUGAAGAGGAUCAGGUUGUGUGUGGAGUUAAGAAGCUCUCGGUGAAUGGCGUUUGUGCUUCCACGCCUCCACUUACACCCAUGAAAAACCCCCCUUCCCUCUUCCCCGGCGCAGCUCUUGGGGAACGGGGUUCGAGGCCCCUUCCACCGCUGCCGCUCUCCGAAGACCUCUCUCUCGAUGAGACAGACUGUGAGGUUGAGUUUCUCACCAGCUCGGACACAGACUUCCUUCUAGAAGACUGUACACUUUCUGACUUCAGAUACGACGUCCCUGGCAGGCGAAGCUUCCGUGGCUGUGGACAGAUCAACUAUGCGUAUUUUGACACCCCGGCUGUUUCUGCCACAGAUCUCAGCUACGCGUCGGACCAAAACGGAAGUGUCCCACAUCCAAAUCCACCUCCCCCUCAAGCCCACCGAAGGUUAAGAAGGUCUCAUUCGGGACCGGCUGGCUCCUUUCACAAGCCAGCCAUAAGGAUAUCCAGCUACACACACAGAGCGUCUCCCAACUCCGAUGAAGACAAACCUGAGGUUCCCCCCAGGGUUCCCAUACCUCCCAGGCCAGUGAAGCCCGAUUAUAGAAGGUGGUCGGCAGAGGUGACGUCCAGCACGUACAGUGAUGAGGACAGGCCUCCCAAGGUACCCCCCAGAGAGCCUCUAUCCCAGAGCAGCUCCCGCACCCCGAGUCCUAAGAGCCUUCCGUCGUACCUCAACGGGGUCAUGCCCCCGACCCAGAGCUUUGCCCCUGACCCCAAGUACGUCAGCAGCAAGGCCCUGCAGAGACAGCACAGCGAGGGCUCCGCUAACAAGGCGCCUUGCAUCCUGCCCAUCAUUGAGAAUGGGAAGAAGGUGAGCUCCACACAUUAUUACCUGCUACCUGAGAAACCGUCCUACCUGGACAAGUUUGAGAAGUUUUUUAGGGAAGCGGAAGAAACGAGCACAAGCGCCCACCUCCAGCCACUCCCUGCUGACUGCGCGGUGGUUUCAGCCGUGGAAAAGCUGGACUCAAAAACACGAGUGGAUCUGGGCGGCCACGUGAAGCGCAAACACCUCUCCUACGUGGUGUCCCCGUAGCCCGUCGCCUGGGAGCCGUGGCUCUCGCCUUGCCAGUUUUGAGGGUCACAGCAGGAUCUGUACGGUGAACUGUGUCGUAACGGAAAGGUUCGGGGCAGCUGUGAGCCCGCGUCCCUGACUGUCGGCGCUGGAGAGAAGCGAGUUCAGGUCGGCGACUCGAGCGGGAGGGCGGGGCGGCCCCUCUGCGUGCACCACACGCCUGUGUACACGUCGUGGCCCAGCCCGAGCCGUAGUUGCAGGUCAGCCAGUUAGGCUCUCUUGGAGUAGUAAGAACUCAAGCUGGAGAAACGACUCCUGAGAGACUGAAAGUCGAGCAAUCAAAGGAGAAACAGUGUUGUUCAGAUCAAAAUCGUAGAAAGAUUAUUUUUGUUAAGUUUGAAGAUAUCUGGCUCAAGCCAGUUCUGUUCUGUGUCAUUUAUCUUGCAAGCAGUCUUACUUGGCAACCAUGUGAUCACCUGUGCGUGUCUCACAUCUCAGAGUGAGCAGCCGAGAGAAUUCGUCCACACUGCUCAGUCCCGCGUUCUUCCCCCAGACAGGCGGGAAAGCCUGCUGGGCCAGUGGGCUUCAGGAUGUCAGUUUACAGGCUACGCGAUGGAGAGUCACUGCGUGGGGGCGUGUGCUAUAUGUUUUUGUUUGUAGGUUUUUUUUAGACUGUAUUAAUAAACAAGUACAACACAAGCUGGCCUUGUGUUGCUGGUUCCUAUUCAGUAUUUGCUGGGGAUUGUUUGCUUGUUAAGUAAAACACUUCUGACCAGUAGUGCAGUAUGUCUUAAUACCAGAGGUCACAUCAGCCGUCUUUCUGCUUAGAAACUCCCACUGGCUGCCUCGCUGCCUCCCUGACUCUGAGCCCCAGAGCUGCAGUCCUGUCCUCACCUCCUGCCGUGCAUGUAUCUUGUGUAGGCAAGCGCAGAGACAAGGUGCUCCCUAACAGGUCCGUGAUCACGAUGUUCUCUUAACAGUCAAACAAGCCGUUUACAGUUUCAACUGCUGAGUGACAUUUGAGCUAUUUAAAGCUUAUUAUAUUUUAGUAUGAACUAAAUGAAGGUUAAAACAUGCUUUAGAAAAUGCACUGAUUUCCGCAUUAUGUGUACAGUAUUGGACAAAGGAUUUUAUUCAUUUUGUUGCAUUAUUUUGAAUAUUGUCUUUUCAUUUUAAUAAAGUUAUAAUACUUAUUUAUGA